AUAGGGUUUUCUAACUUCUGUUAGGGUUUCUGCCUCUCUGCUCUGCAAUGGCCGUCUCGUUCUCCGAUCUCCACACCGAAGCUGGUCUCAAAUCCUUGGAGGACUAUCUCUCCGGGAAAACCUACAUCUCUAGAGAUCAACUCACUAGAGAUGACAUCAAGGUUUUUGCGGCUGUUUUAGGGAAACCCGGGGAUGCGUUCCCAAAUGCUAGUCGCUGGUACCACUGUGUUUCAUCCCAUCUAGCCGCAAGGUUCCCUGGCAAAGCUGCUGGAGUGAGAACAGGUGGCCAAGCUGCCCCAGCUGAGGAUCCUAAAAAGGAUGCUGCAGAAGGAGAUGAUGACGAUGAUUUAGAUCUCUUUGGUGAUGAGACAGAGGAGGACAAAAAGGCGGCAGAGGCGAGAGAGACUACUAAAGCAUCUACAAAGAAGAAAGAGAGUGGGAAGUCUUCUGUUCUUCUGGAUGUGAAACCUUGGGAUGACGAGACUGACAUGAAGAAGCUGGAGGAGGCUGUUCGUAGUGUUCAGAAGGAAGGUCUUUUCUGGGGAGCAUCAAAACUGGUGGCUGUCGGGUAUGGGAUAAAGAAAUUGCAGAUCAUGAUGACCAUCGUUGAUGACCUUGUCUCAGUGGACGACCUCGUUGAGGAUCAUCUCACGGCUGAGCCCAUUAAUGAGUACGUACAGAGCUGUGACAUUGUUGCCUUCAACAAAAUCUGAGGCGAAAUGGUUAUUGUAUUCGUAGGGGUUAGUUAUUUUUGUUUUCGCUGCUUUCAGUUUAAUUUUUCUUUCUUGCAAUUUUAGGGAUUUAGCGUCUCUAUUUAUCUGUUGUGAUCUAAAUACCCCUUUUAAAUUGUUGAGUGUUAUAGCCAACAUAAACAGUAGUUUCGGCUUGUUAUCCUGUGGCAACAAGUAAAUAUUUCAUCUGAUUUAAGCCAUUAUUGGUUGUUUAUGAAGAUUUCCUUUUCUUUCA